GGACAACAAAUGGUUAAACUGGACUUUUAUCUCGUUUAAAAACAGAAUCCCGCAGACCUUAUCGCAGACUCAUCUCCCACGCGCUUCCUCCAUUCCUCCCAUCAACUUGUCGGACGGCCUCGGUCUCGCGCUACCUCUAUUUGAAGGGCUCUCCCUGUGGGUGUCACACAGGUCUGAUGCUGCCGCUGCAGCUGCUGCUUCCUGUAUCGAGACACUACCGCGGAACCGAAGCCCUUUUUUCCGCUCCAGAGCCCCCCGAACACAAAUACGCCAGGAAUCUGUUGCUCGGACGCAGCCCGUCCUGCGGAAGGGAAGCAAACCCGAGUCGGUCUCCCGGUGUUCGCUGCCGGUAAAACCCGCUGCAGCCCCGUUUUCUUGCGUAAAGCUGAGAAACGAAAGAGGCUCGCACGAGACGCAGGGCACGGUUUUUUUUCCUCCUCUCCCUGGUGCUAGCUAGUAGCGGCUAGUAGCAGCUAAUGGCUAGUCGCAGCAGGUAGACAAACCUAGAAAGAAGCAGGACAAAUAAUAUAAAUGUGUUCACUCGGAACACUGUAGAUGCACCGGAAACCCACCUGCACGCUUUAGAUAACAUCGGUAGGAUACGAUUCACCCCAACAAGUAGCUGGCUUACUUAGUAUACUAAUUUGGCUAACGUUAGCUAGCUAAGUUACUAGCCACCAAGAGCUGAUCCUGUUGCUUUUCCUCUCCCCCCCACAGAGUUUUGAACAAGGUAAACGAGUAGAAUAGCAGCUCGUUAGCUCUCUGACACGCCAGUGUUUUAUUGGAGAAAAGUAAUUUCGGGUUAUUGUUGAAAAAUGGCUCCGAAAAGAAGACCCGUUCCCCUGAACAUAACGCCCAUCGGGGAGGGACAGGCCACCUCCAACAGCAUCGAUUCUGCAUCCGAAGCCAACCUCGAGGCCUUACAGAAGAAACUGGGCGAGCUGGACCUGGACGAGCAACAGAGGAAACGACUGGAGGCCUUCUUGACCCAGAAAGCGCAGGUCGGGGAGCUGAAGGAUGAGGAUUUUGAACCCAUAUGCGAGCUGGGUGCUGGGAACGGGGGAGUGGUCAACAAGGUCCGCCACAAACCAUCCGGUCUGGUCAUGGCCCGGAAGUUGAUCCACCUCGAAAUCAAGCCUGCCAUCAGAAACCAGAUUAUCAGAGAGCUGCAGGUGCUGCAUGAAUGCAACUCUCCCUACAUUGUUGGCUUUUAUGGGGCCUUUUACAGUGAUGGGGAGAUCAGCAUCUGUAUGGAACAUAUGGAUGGUGGAUCCUUGGACCAGGUCUUGAAGGAAGCCAGAAGAAUUCCAGAAGAAAUCCUGGGGAAAGUCAGCAUUGCUGUGUUGAGGGGAUUAGCCUACCUGCGGGAGAAGCACCAGAUCAUGCACAGAGAUGUCAAGCCCUCCAACAUCCUGGUCAACUCUCGCGGGGAGAUCAAGCUGUGCGACUUCGGUGUGAGCGGGCAGCUCAUAGAUUCCAUGGCCAACUCCUUUGUUGGAACACGCUCCUACAUGUCGCCGGAGAGACUGCAGGGCACUCACUACUCUGUUCAGUCUGACGUGUGGAGCAUGGGUCUGUCCCUGGUGGAGCUGGCGAUUGGCCGCUACCCCAUCCCCCCACCAGACGCCAAAGAGCUGGAGUCCAUCUUUGGACGGGCCAUCGUGGACGGGGCCGAGGGAGAGCCUCACUCCAACCUGCAGAGGCCCAGACCACCGGGCAGACCCGUGAGCGGGCAUGGGAUGGACAGUAGACCUGCCAUGGCCAUCUUUGAGCUUUUGGACUACAUUGUGAAUGAGCCUCCUCCUAAACUGCCACUUGGGGUCUACUCCAAUGACUUCCAGGACUUUGUGACAAAAUGUUUGAUCAAAAACCCAGCUGAGAGGGCCGAUCUGAAGAUGUUGAUGAGUCACACGUUCAUCAAACGAUCCGAAGUGGAGGAAGUGGACUUUGCUGGCUGGUUGUGCAAAACCAUGGGCCUCAACCAGCCCGGUACUCCCACCCGCGGCACCGAGUGAAAAGGCCCCAACUCCCCCGACGCACACCCGUGUCUUGCUUGCAUUCACAUAAAUAUACUGCACAUACACAAGCCAUCACACACACACACACACACACACACACACACACACAGGCACUUUUUUCCCCCCACCAUCUUGCUCUUGGGUACGGUUCUGUCCCCCUUUCCCCCGCCCAGCCCAUUUAUCUCUUUCCCAGCAGCAGAGCCCUUUGAGUCGUGGUGCAGUGAGACCACAGGUCCACCAUGCCAGUGUCGAGAGUAGCCACAGCUCACUUGUCCACGCUGCUACAGAGGAUGUGAAGCACUGAAGGGCUGCCCGUGUGUGUCGGCUGAAUUCGGAUUGUUUGACAAACUUAUUUCGUAUUGUUGAUUGUUCGAGUAUACAAAUAUUCUGUAUUAAUAUUUUGUAUGGCAACAGUUGAUGGCUUGCAGGACUUGUAUUUGAAUAAAGUGCCCGCUGUAGAAAUUUCCAAACGGAGAAAUACAAACACAUCACCUACUUGCAAAUAGUUUUUCUUUGGGUGACUGCAGCUAUUUUGAUUUCAAGUUCCUUUUGUCAAAGUUGUGAUGCAUAAAUGUUCUCAGCAGAGACUUUGCAAUUACCUCCACUGUAAUUGUUAAAUGUGCAGGACAAAUAAGCAUAUAUGGAGUCAUUUUCACACAUUUGGUGAACAAUGUCACAAACCAAAGAGGGUACUCGUGACACCGUUUUUCAAACGCCUGAGAAAUUUUAUUUCGUAUGCAAGUUCACAAACAGUAUAUCGGUGUAUUUAAAAUGUUUCGAUUUUUUUUCUUUCAUCCAGUGAUCUGCGCUGUGUUGACAUUGUUUCCGUGACAUGCAUUUCAAUGCUCAUCCCACACUGUCUCUCACAUGGGAGGAGGCAUAUGCUGUGGAGGCCUGGAAAAUGCCAGAAUGUCCUUAUUGACAUUUAGAAAACUGAUCAAAGUGUAUUCACAGGCUGACAUAGCAUGGUUUAUUAUCCAAUACUGUAUAUGUAUUUUAUUUCCUGAUAUCAUGAUGGGGAUGUUUUGCUGGUGUUUUUAAUCAAAAGCCUGAUUCUCUGCGAUGUCGAUAUGAAAUUCCAAUCACGUUGACAAAUUUGAGUAUUUUUCUUUUUCGCUCUGUCCGUCUGUACUUUCCCCCUGAAGUGUAUUUGGUUGUGUUGUCACUGUACUGCUUCGUGUGGCGCUCCAAGCGUUCUAUUGGGACACAACCAGCCGAGGGGGUGUGCUUUUGGAAAAAAGACGGGUUGAAAUGCAUUGACAACAUUUUCUCUGGGAUGUAACCCAAUUAAUUGUGGUUAUAAAAAAAGAAAAAUACAACCCAACAUUGAAUGAAACUUCAGAUGUUUCAAAAGGGUUUGACUAAACAUUUGAAGCCAGGUCAGUGUUGGUCACAUGGUGGUGGUGGUGGGGGUCUUACUUGCUGGCCUGCCGUCUCGCUGGAGCUGUUGUAUCCUCUGCUUAAGGCUGCCCUUUCUUAUUUCCCCCCCCCCCAACCCCUCCCAAUGUGCAUUUGUUCGGAGCAAAAAUGAAUGCGUUGUCACUUGUAUGUGUACAAAGCGUUAUACAAAAAUUACAGGAGUACUAUUUUGCAGUCUUAAUAUACAAAUUUUUGAUUUAUGUAAAUGACAAGGGAGAAGAGUCAUUUUUAUUAUAAUAUAAAAUUGUGUUGGAUAUGGUUAUAAUGUAUAAAAAAAGAUUAAAAUAAAAGUAUUUGUUGUAAGA